AUGUUCCGGCAAACUUACGGUCAACGGGCCUCAAAGCAUAGCAAUCCUGCAGCAAAGCUUCUCCUCGAUACAAUGGAGAGAAAAAAAUCCAACCUGGCUGUCAGUGUCGAUGUGACCAAAUCCAAGGAUUUUCUCGCCAUCAUAGAUGCUGUCGGACCUUUCGUUUGCAUUAAUUCCUUCAACAAUUUUCUGCCUAUUCUCAUCUUGAAAUUCAAGACCCAUGUCGAUAUUAUCGAAGAUUUUGAGCCGCUUCUCAUCGACGAGCUUCGGGCCUUGAGCUCGAAACACGAUUUUGUGAUAUUCGAAGACAGGAAGUUUGCUGAUAUAGGAAACACCGUCGCUCUGCAAUAUUCCAGUGGCGUACACAAAAUCGCGAGUUGGUCUCAUAUCACCAACGCCCACCCUGUCCCAGGACCAUCCAUUAUCACUGGGCUUUCCUCUGUUGGUCUCCCUCUGGGUCGCGGUCUUUUGCUCUUGGCAGAAAUGAGCACGAAGGGUUCCCUCGCUACAGGAAGCUAUACCGAAGACGCUGUUCGUAUGGCACGAGCACACCGCGAUUUUGUUAUCGGAUUCAUCGCACAGCGACGGAUGGAUGGAAUCGGUGCCAACGAAAAUGAUUCCACCGAGGAUGAAGAUUUUCUUGUUUUAACUCCCGGUGUCGGACUGGAUACCAAAGGCGACUCGAUGGGCCAACAAUACAGAACCCCUCGAGAAGUAGUUCUCGAGUCCGGAUGCGAUAUAAUUAUCGUCGGCCGAGGCGUAUAUGGCAAAGACUACGAUCUGACUGAUAAAAUUGCGGAACAAGCGAAACGAUAUCGGGAAGAAGGAUGGGCGGCUUAUCUGGAGCGAACGACUGCUCUGUAA